AUGGGAGCGCUAAGCGCCCGGGUGUUGGGGAUCUCGCCAGGACAUCUCGCCUGCAUACAUCCCGCCACCCUCUUCCUGCCACGCCUGCUGCGCCCCUCCACCUCUCUGCUCCCCUCUGUGAGGCUGCACCAACGAUGUGAGCCAGUCUCGGCCAGUCGCACUCGAUGCAGCCUGACCCUUGAGCUGCCCAGGGAUCCGAGCGUGCUCGUCGCCGCCGGCCCCAGCAACAUCCCCCGCCCGGCCAUUACCUUGUCGUCGGUCUCCCCUGCACAAAGCGGCGACCCCUCUAAAUACAAGUCCGUAAGAUACCCCAGGAAGAAUAACCGUCCGAAACGCAAGCGCAUUGCGAGCGGGACGAAUGCGAACGACGACACCAAAACCGGUGCUAAUGGAGACGCGGCCACGGAUGCGGUCACGGCGAGUGUGAGGGAGGAGGACGACGACGACGAUGGCGACGAGGUGUAUAGCGUUCCGUGGCUUGACGGUCUGCAGAAUCCGUACGAGUCUGUGGAACAGAGGCUGCACGACGAACUCGCGGCCUUCUUCAAGUAUAUGACACCCACGCCCGACGAGCGGCAUGCACGCGCAGUAGUCAUCGCCCAAGUCUCCGACGUUGUCCGCGGCCGGUUCCCCAUGGGCACUGUCGACACCUUUGGGAGCGUCGCCCAGGACCUCUAUCUUCCUGAUGCCGACACCGACCUGGUGAUCACGACCCCGCUCGGGAACGAUGAGGACGGCCGGAAGCGCGCGCUGUUCCAGCUCGCGGCGCUCAUGCGUCGCACCCAAAUCACGGACACCUUUGUCCAGGUCAUCCACCGCGCGCGCGUGCCCGUCAUCUCCUUCCAGACCGCGCCCGACCUCGGUUCGCUCAAGAUCGACAUCAGCCUGAACGCCACAGACGGGAUCAAGGCCGUGCCCGUGCUUCGUGCGCACUUGGACGCGCACCCCGCGCUCCGCUUCCUCAUCCUGACCCUCAAAGCGCUCCUCUCCCGGCACUCGCUCAACUCGGCGAGCAGCUCAGGUUUGAGCUCGUACGGGCUUUUCUGUCUCGCGAUCCACUUCCUCCGCCUCAACCCGGGCAAACGCCCCCCGGAAGCGUUCGCGAAGCCGCUCGAGAGCCGGGCGCUCGGCGGGCUCUUCCUCGACUUCCUGCGCUACUACGCGGAGGAGUUCGAGUACGAGACGAGCGUCGUCAGCGUCCGCGAGGGGAAGCUCCUAACGAAGGAGGGGAAGGGAUGGCUGAGCAAGAGGGAUCCGCACAUGCUCGCGAUCGAGUGCAUGCUGAACCCUGACAACGACAUCGGGCGCCCGACGAGCAAGAUUCGGCGCAUCCGCGCGCUGUUCGCGAGGUCGUACAAGAGGCUCAGCACGUACGCGCUGUCCCCGGACGGGACUGCACCUCCCAACAUCCUCGGGACCAUCCUCGGCGUCUCGGCCUCGGUCCACCCUGCAACACGCGCGCUCCUGAAGGACGUCGUCUCCUCCGGCCGGCUUUCGCGCAAGCUCAAGGACGUCCAGCUCUCACAGCAGCAGAUCGCGGUGCAGCGCUCGAUGCACAAUGGCGCCGGCCUCCCGCCUCCCCCGCCGCGCAUGCAACAGUACGACGACCGCCGCGGUGAACCGCCGCGCUAUGACCGGCGGGACCCGCCGUACGACGGCGAGAGCCUCCGCGUCGCGAGCGCCGGGAACCGGAUCGUCGAGAGCCUGACCGGCGGGAGCCCGACCGCGCAAGGCCCCCACAAGACCGUCGAGAACCGGACCGUCGACGAGACGAGCCGCGGAGGGAAGAGGCGCGGCCACCCCGCCGCCCGCCGUUACCCACUCCCUUGA